UCACACAUUCACCGCUUGGAAGAAUUGCCAUGGAGCCAGAGACGAAGAUUUGAGGCGAAAGACGCUUAAAGACGUCAAGAGAGGAGACAGGAUGGCAGAAGCUCCCGAAGCUCCCGAAGCUCCCGAGGCCAUGGAGACCUCCGAGCAGUCCGUGGAGGAGCUGUUGAAGGAGCGCGAGCAAUGGAUGGAAGAGCGCAGCCGAUUGCGUGAAGAGGUGGAACUGUUGAAGAACCGCGUCGCAAAGCUUUCCAGAGGGGAGUCGAAGAAUCUGGUCGAUGCGCAGACACAGACUGAGAAGGAGGGCGAGCCUACGGGCGGCUACUCUGCCGCACCCGAGGAUGGGCUACGCGGAGUCCUGACCAGGAUGUUGCAAUCGCCACAGGACGAGGCGCUGCAGCUUUCGGGCAUCGAGCAGCUCUUUGCGCAGCAAACGCAGGCAGGGGCAGCGCAGAUGGAGUCGUCCCCACAGCUGCACCAGAGCCUGGAGGUAGCCAUUGCCAUCUUCGUGCACCACCAGAGCAAUUGGACCCUGCUUCUGAAGGCCUCACAAUUCCUGUCAGUCUUGCUCGCUGAGCCUGCGGCCCAGCAGCUGCUGCCGCAGGCCCAGCUGCAGCAGGCCGCCCAGGCGGUGUUGGCCGCCAGCGUCGCCUUGCUGGAGAAGACCGCGGGCCUGAGCUCGGCGCAGGCCACGCCCAACCCCACGAAGCUCUUCACGUGGCUCCUGUCUCUGCUGUCGCUCCUGCUGCCCAACCUGGAAUCCUGGCUGCGGCAGCGGAAGCAGAGCGAGGAGUUUGUGCAGAGCUUGCUGCAUGGAGUGGUGAGCCGACUCCUGGCGGCCUCAGAGCUGCCGCCGGAGGCGCUGAUCCUGAAGGGCGUGCAGCUUCUACCGCUUCUGCCUAUGGAGACAUGGAUCCAGCAGAUCUGCCUGGACAGCGGCGCCAUCCACUCCUUCGCGCUGGUGAAGCAGCGCUUGGCCAAACGGGGAGGUACUGAGUCGGGCGAGGAUUUCACACUGUCGAAGGCGGUUCAGAGCGCGAUACGGGGCGUGUUCAGCGGGAACUUGGAGCUCUGCUCCUGGGCACUGAGCGAUGCUUUCGUGGGGGACACCUUCGUCUGCAUCGAGGUGCUGGACGAGCUCCAAAGCCUUGAGCAGCAGAGGAGAGGCACCUUCCGGCGGCUGGAGUCAGAGUUUGACGUGAUCAGCAAGGUGAUGUCGCUCUGGGCUUUCCACCAGCGCCAGACCCUGGAGGACCCGGAACCCGGCAAGUGCAGCUCGCUGGCGGUGCUGAAGAAGGCUGCCUUCCUGCUGCAGGGGGUGAUGCUGCGCCUGCCGCCGCAGAAGCUGCUGGCGCGGAUCGAGGAGUUCCAGGAGUCCGAGGUCUUAGUGCGCAUUGCCUUGGCCACGAUUCACAGCAAUGCGCAGCUCAGGCUGCAGAUGGCUGUGAACUAUGCAGAGAACAACGUCAUUCCUGUCAUGGUGGCGUGCUUGCAGUUGCUGCUCCGCGGUUAUGAGAUCGAGGGAGGGGCGCCUACAACUCCCGAGGUGGAGGUGGCAUUUGAGCUAUUCGGGGACGACCGACUGCCAGUGGAUGGCUGGUCAUACAUCGCCUACUGCUUGGAGGUGUGCUUGCAUGUGCUGUCCCACUGGUCCUGCACCAAGCUGGCCGCCCCGAAGGCGCCCGAAGUGCUGGACCCGGGCGCGGCGCCGGUGCGGCUGGCCUCUGCAGGUGUGGUGGAUGUCUUAGCUGAGCUGAUUGACGCGCCUGCCGCUGGCGUGGAGCUGCGGGGGCAGCCUCCUACGGCCUUGGUGCAGAAGGCUUGCGAGACGCUCCAAGCGCUGUUCGAGCGCAACGGGCACAUUUGCCUCUUCUGCAUGAAGCACUAUGCGGAGGUGAAGCAGAUCCUUCUCGUGGGUUGCGACAGUAUUGUGGCAGAUCCUCUGAGUAAUCAUCCCGAGAUGCAGCAGGAGGCCAUCGACCUGUUCACCAGCGCCUUCGAGAAGUUUGCAAUGAAGGAUGAGCGGCUGAGCCGGAAACUGCUGAAGGCCUUGACGGUCCUCUUCGAGUCCUCCUACCAGCUGGUUGUCUGGUUUCUGCAGCAGCACCCGCUCAGGGCCCUGGCAGAGCUCCAGAGCCUUGACGCCCACAUCGAGGCCGUGCGCGCCGUGGCCAGGGCCGGCUACUGGAGCGCAGAGGAUGCGCCCCUGUUGCCGGACUGCGUCGCUGCGCUGACUGGCACCAUGCUGGACGCGGUGGAGGGGCACUUGGACUUCUCGAAGCCGCCCAGCGGCUCCGGGCGCAGGGUCGUCGACUUGACCGAGGCGGAAGAGAUUGCCGCGAGCUGCACAGCCUCGGUGCUGCAUUUGAUGCUGAUCGACCCUUCGCCCCCCACGGUUCAGCAGUGCCUGGCUCGAAGCCUCGGCAAGCGGCCCAGAGAUGGCGAUGACCUGCCGCCGCUGGAAGAGGCGGAGGGAUCCUCCUCUGAAGAAGCCGUGAAUACCUUGAUGAAGAUCAUGCAGGUGUUUCCCUCGUCGGAUCGGCUCCAGAUGAACUGCCAGCAUAUUCUCACGUCACUCCCUUGGGGAGUGAGAUUCGCCGAGAGCGUUCCAUCACAAGUGGACGAAUUUCGCAUUUGUGAGUGGCAGGUUAGUGCACACACACGCUGGCCGGCGAGUUUCACGAUCAGCUCAUGCGACAAAUGGCGUCUUCGGCUUUAA